AUGGCCGACAGCGGAAACACGGGCACCAACCGCCGCCGCUCGUCCGCUUCCGAGCGCUUCGCUUCUCUGCAAGCCGCCAAGCGGGACGCGGGCAACGAGCGGGCGUCUGCUGCCCGCGCCAGCUUCUCCGACCAGCGGCCAGCUCCCGGCUUCCUCGGCAAGCUGUGGAACGACUUCACGCGUGGGCCCGCAACAUCCGGCUCGAAUCCGUCCAGUGCUACUGGAACGGGGGCUGGAACCGGCUCAGGCGCCGGCACCGCGACCAAGUAA